AUGGCAUGGGUUGCGGAUGCCACGGCAGUACAGUUCCCACUGUCUACGGUGGUGAAGCAGCAGGUAGCGCUCCCUGCGUCAAACAUGUUCACGGGAUUUCCCGAAAACCGUGUGCUGCGUGUGUUCCAGAUUGGAGCGCUGCAGACCCAAGAGGAGGUGAUGGACAUUCUUCGAAGUGGGCUGUUUGAUAUAUUUAAUAUGAAUUGCCUGCUUUCGUAUAGGUAUGCGUACCAAGAUGAACUUAUGUUUGCCCUGGACGCCGUCCUUUACUGGGCGUCCACGUGGAGGCGUGCGCAGUCAAUAGGCGAUCGCAUGCAGAACUUGGUCCUGCGUGAUGAAGCCAAGGCGCGGGAAGCCGGCAAGACCUCCGUGGUGCAGCUGGUUCCUGCGCUCAUGCCGACUCGUGGGAAGCUCCUCGUCCAUGCCAUAUUGAGUGUUUUGGUGCCAUACCUGGUUCGAAAACUCCAGAGGAAGUCAUUGGAGGAGGACUGGGAGCGGGAAGAGGCGGGCUCAAUCAAGAUAAAGCUUGCCAAGGCUCUGCGUCUUGUGUCCGUGGCGUGGGCGGCGCUUUCACUGCUCAACACGCUACAUUUCCUCGCCACUGCGCAGUACCGUACCCUUGUAGAACGCAUGCUUUCCCUACGCUUGGUGUACGGCAGCCAGGUGACGCAACGGUUCACUAACCUGAUGUACUUGAAUCAACAUGUCUCAUGGCAGACCUGGUCUUCCUUCUUCUCUGUGCUGAACAUCGGCCGCUAUCUUGGUAAGCUCUCGCGCUCCAUGCAGGCCUUCACAACGGCAUCUGGGGGCUCGGCGCUGAAGGACAAUGUUUGCUGUGCCUGCAACGACCGGCCGAACAUCGCACAGCGCUCGAACUGUGGACACCUGUACUGCUACUACUGUAUCAAGAGUCGGCUGCUGGACCCUCGAAUGGCGGGGUCGUUUCUUUGUCCGCGUUGUGGGACAACCGUUCACACAGCCUUGCCUUUGCAGUGGCAGCAGGGCAACGAUGAGGAGUGA